CACCCGCGCGGCCGCUCCGCACCGCCGGCCCCGUCCAUCUCCGCCGGCCCCUCCGCCACCGCCAGCCCGUCCAUCACCGCCGGACCCUCCGUCACCGCCCCUCCGCCAUGAACUCGCUGCUCUUUGGGGAGAUGGCCCGCGCCUUCUCCCCCACCGCCGCCGCCGCCGCCGCCUCCUCCUGCCCGCUGGGCCCCGGCGGCGGCGGCCCCGCGGCGGCCGGGGGGGGCCCGCCGGUGACGGCGGCGCUGCGGAACGACCUGGGCUCCAACAUCCACCUGCUCAAGGGGCUGAACGUGCGGUUCCGCUGCUUCCUGGCCAAGGUGCACGAGCUGGAGCGGCGGAACCGGCUGCUGGAGAAGCAGCUGGCGGCCCAGCAGAGCGAGCGUGACCGCCGGCUGCGCUACAAGACCUUCUCCCGGGACCAGGCGGUGCAGACGGACGGCGGGACCCCGCCGCUGGUGCCGCCGCCGGGCCCCGGGCACGGGCCGCUGCCGUCGCCGCCGCACUACGGGCGCCUGCCCGGCACCAUCUGGAGCUACACCCAGGUGCGGCGCACCGGCGGCGGCGGCCUGGAGACCGUGCAGGGCCCCGGCGUGUCCUGGGUGCACCCGGACGGCGUCGGGGUGCAGAUCGACACCAUCACGCCCGAGAUCCGCGCCCUCUACAACGUGCUGGCCAAAGUCAAGCGGGAGCGCGACGAGUACAAGAGGAAAUGGGAAGAGGAGCUGACCAGGAGGAUGAGCCUGGAAUCCAUGGUGGAAACCUUGAGAGAGGAGGCCCAGGAAGCAGAAGCUCUGCAGGAGGAGCUGAAUGAGAAGAUCGAGAGGCUGAAGGCAGAGCUGGUGGUGUUCAAGGGUCUGAUGAGUGAUCCCAUGACAGACCUGGACACAAAGAUCCAAGAAAAGGCCAUGAAGGUGGACAUGGACAUCUGCCGCCGAAUCGAUAUCACGGCCAAGCUGUGCGAUGUCGCGCAGCAGCGCAACUCGGAAGACGUUUCCAAGAUUUUCCAGGUGGCUUCCAAGAAGAAGGAGAGGAAGCUGCCGUCGGACGAGGAGCUGUCGGAGCAGGACGCCGACAACGGGCGGUUCUCGGAUGACGAGGUCAGCUGCUCCCUCAACAUCACAGACGAGAUGAAGAGGAUGUUCAACCAGCUCCGCGAGACCUUUGAUUUCGAUGACGACUGUGACAGUUUAACGUGGGAGGAGAACGAGGAGACGCUGCUGCUCUGGGAGGACUUCACCAACUGCAACCCCUCCAUCGACCUCCAAGGAGAGGAAGAAAACCUGGGAAACUUGAUCCACGAGACAGAGUCUUUCUUCAAAACGAGAGACAAGGAAUACCAGGAGACAAUAGGGCAGAUAGAGCUGGAACUGGCCACGGCCAAGAGCGACAUGAACCGGCACCUGCACGAGUACAUGGAGAUGUGCAGCAUGAAACGGGGCCUGGACGUGCAGAUGGAAACCUGCAGGAGGAAUUCUCCAUCCCCCAGCUCUGUAGCCAGCAGUGACUCAGGAAACACAGAUGAAAUUCAGGACGAUUUGGACAGAGAGACGGACGUGGAGCCCAUGGUCAGCUGA